AUGACCUCCUUCUUCUCUUCGCUUUUCCAAUGGUUCAGUGGUCUCUUCUUCUCCAAGACGGCCGAGAUAUCUGUCGUAGGACUGCAGGCAUCAGGAAAGACGUCCUUCGUGAAUGUCAUUGGAUCAGGCCAGUGGAGCGAGGAGGUUGUUCCUACUGUAGCCUUCAACUUCCGGAAAGUCCGAAGGGGUAAUGUCACAUUGAAAAUAUGGGACGUUGCUGGCCAGCCAAGAUACAGGUCAAUCUGGGAAAGAUAUUGCAACGGGGUUGAUGCUGUCAUUUUUGUCGUUGAUUCUAUGGAUAAAGAGAAAUUCGACACGGCCCGAUUUGAGUUGCACCAAUUACUAUCCCAACCAACUUUAGAGGGUGUGCCUCUGCUUGUCCUUGGAAACAAGAACGACCUCGACGGACAUGCCCCAGUUAACGAGCUCAUCAAAGCGCUGUGA